UGAAAGGAAUAUUUUUCUCUCAUUUGUGCUUGCGCAAUCUUUUAUUGGAAAGAGGUGGACUCUUUCUGUUUUUUCUUCUACUCUUCAGAUACGUCAAAUGUUAAUACUAGGUCUAUAUACAUUGUCUAAUCGUGUAUUCAUCCCAUCGAUUUUCCUGGAAGGAGUUGUCAAAUGAAUACUAGAUGUACAAGAAUGCUUCACCAGAAAUGUACGCAAGGCUUGUAUCCGGCCAGUAAUAUAAAGAGAUUCGCAGUGCCGGAAGAAAAAAUUCCAUGGACAGUCGAGUAUCCCGAGUAUAAACCGGUCGCGUAUACCGCUGCCGUUCUUCAGGGUAAACCUUGGGCAGAUCCGGACAUCAACGAGCUUACUUUCAAACCAAGAUGGAAUGCGAUAGACGGCAAGGUGAAUCGAAGAAGUUUUACGGGAAAUUACGUGAUCGCGAAUGGUCAUCCUUUAAAUCCUGUGGGACGAACCGGUAUCACUGGACGAGGGCUUCUAGGCCGAUGGGGACCGAAUCACGCUGCCGAUCCGAUCGUUACGCGAUGGAAACGCGAUAGCGCGAAAGCUAUAGAAAUAGAUGGGCACACAGGAAAACCCAUAUUACAAUUCGUCGCAAUACAAAGAAGAGAUUCCGGAGAAUGGGCUAUACCGGGAGGUAUGGUUGAUCCGGGUGAGACGGUCUCUACUACUUUAAUGAGAGAAUUUAUGGAAGAAGCGUUAAAUUUCUUAGAGAGAGAUGACGGUGAAAGAAAGAUGCUACAAGAUUCUAUAACAGAAUUUUUCGCGAAAGGCGACGAGAUUUAUAAAGGAUAUGUGGACGAUCCGCGAAAUACGGAUAACGCUUGGAUGGAGACGGUGGCUAUAAAUUUUCACGACGAAGACAGCAGUCUCGUCGGGAAACUCGCGUUAAUGGCUGGGGACGACGCGCGUAACGUAAGAUGGAUGGAUGUGAAUCGCCAAAUAAAUUUAUACGCCAAUCAUAGCGAAUUUCUGAAAAAGACCGUGUUGCAACGAAAUGCGCAUUGGUGAAGCAGAUAAGCUAAAGUUAUGAUUACGACCGUUCUAAGAGUAGAGAAUGUCAUUGUUAAAAAAAACUAUUUUUGGAAGUUAAAAAAAUUUAUUUUUAUAUUACGUACCAUAUAUCUAUGUAUUUUGCACGUAUUUUUUAAUACUUUGUAUAGUACACAAGGAUGAAUCAUUAAACGUCAUUAAUGUCGUUUCUUAUACAUGUCAAACAAAAUUAUAAAAUCUUACAUCUAAUGUAUACAUCUUAUUCAAUAAGAUUUUUCAAUGUAAGAGUCGAAAUAUAUACAUUUCAUAAAAUUAUCAACAAUAUAUCAAGUACUACAAUCUUAGGAUAGUUUGCGACGGCGUACAACACCCAAACUUUUCUCAAUUGUAAUGUCAUUGUUGUAUCAGGCAUUUCAUUUUCAUAUUUUUUUAAUCGUGCAUCACAGUUAAGUUUUAAUUCAACUACAAGUAACAUAUAUAUAAACAUAUAUAUAAAUAUAAUA